AUGAACACCAUAGUCCUAACCAAUUUGGUUUUGGAUGAGCUUCUACCCUCUCUACAGACAGAACUUCUGACCAGACUAAAGGGGAAGAAAGCAGAGAGGAAGAGGGUUUGGUUCUCUACGUUGGACGCCGCGUACCAUCUGGUCCAGGACCAGCUGAGGGAGGGUCUGAAGGUUCUGAAGGAGGAGUGUAAAGAGACAGCCAGGUCUCAGGAAGCUCUGGUUCGCUCUGAUAUGGACCAGAUAGCCAGUUCUAGAGCCUUCCUACAGGCCAAGCUACAAGCCUCUGUCAGUGACCCGGCAGUAAAGUUCUGCAGUGAGAACGUGUCUCGCACCUAG